GCCUUGCGCCCGCGCAGGCGCAGCGGGGCCGCGGGCAGCUGCUGCGGGGGCACCGAGAGGGGUCGAGGGCGCCGCCAUGUUGUGGUCGCGCUGCCCGCCCUGCGCCACAGCACGUCAGUGCUUUCAUGCUCUUAAGUUGAUAAAGAGAGACUGCCUUCCGUCACUGCACGCAGCAAGAUGUGCCUCUACUGCCGCUGUGCCUCGCAUAACUACGCAUUACACGAUUCAUCCACGGGACAAAGACAAACGAUGGGAAGGGGUAAACAUGGAGAGAUUUGCAGAGGAAGCUGAUGUUGUCAUUGUUGGAGCAGGCCCUGCAGGUCUUUCUGCAGCUAUUCGACUCAAACAGUUAGCUGCUGAGCAUGGCAAAGAAGUACGUGUUUGUCUGGUGGAAAAGGCUUCCCAAAUUGGUGCACAUACACUGUCUGGUGCUUGUCUUGAGCCAAGGUCCCUGCAAGAACUAUUUCCAGACUGGAAGGAGCGGGGGGCUCCGCUUCAUACUCCUGUAACUGAAGACAAGUUUGGAAUUUUAACGAAGAAGUCUAGAAUUCCAGUGCCAAUUCUUCCAGGACUUCCAAUGGUUAAUCAUGGGAAUUACAUAGUACGUCUGGGACACUUUGUGAGCUGGUUAGGUGAACAAGCAGAAGCUUUGGGUGUUGAGUUGUAUCCAGGCUAUGCAGCAGCUGAGGUUCUUUUUCAUGAAGAUGGUAGUGUGAAAGGGAUAGCUACUAAUGACGUGGGCAUUCAAAAGGAUGGAGCACCUAAACCUACCUUUGAACGAGGCUUGGAGCUCCAUGCUAAGGUCACAAUCUUUGCUGAAGGUUGUCACGGACAUCUGGCCAAACAGCUGUACAAAAAAUACAACCUCAGGGAGAACUGUCAAGCCCAGAGCUAUGGCAUUGGAUUGAAAGAGUUAUGGAUUAUUGAUGAAAAGAAGUGGAAACCAGGAAGAGUAGAACAUACCGUAGGCUGGCCUUUAGACAGACAUACGUAUGGAGGAUCCUUUCUUUAUCACUUAAAUGAGGGUGAACCCUUAGUUGCUCUUGGAUUUGUGGUUGGUUUAGAUUAUCAAAAUCCCUAUUUGAAUCCGUUUAGGGAGUUUCAGAGGUGGAAGCACCAUCCGAGUGUAGAGCCCACUUUGGAGGGUGGAAAAAGGAUUGCAUAUGGUGCCAGAGCAUUGAAUGAAGGCGGUCUCCAGUCAAUACCCAAGCUUACCUUCCCAGGUGGAUUAUUAAUUGGUUGCAGUCCUGGACUCAUGAAUGUUCCUAAGAUCAAAGGGACCCACACUGCAAUGAAAAGUGGCAUGUUGGCUUCAGAAGCCAUCUUUAGCCAAUUAACGAAUGAGAAUCUGCAGUCAAAGACAAUAGGACUUGAUGUGCAAGAAUAUGAAGAGAACCUGAAAAAGUCCUGGGUCUGGAAAGAGCUGUAUGCAGUUAGAAACAUCCGCCCGUCCUGCCACAGCAUACUGGGUGUGUAUGGAGGAAUGAUUUACACAGGGAUAUUUUAUUGGCUACUGAGAGGAAAGGAACCAUGGACAUUAAAACAUCCAGGACCAGAUUUCGCUCAGCUCAAGCCAGCCAAAGAUUGUACUCCUAUCGAAUACCCAAAGCCUGAUGGAAAAAUCAGUUUUGAUCUCCUAUCAUCUGUGGCUUUAAGUGGUACAAAUCACGAACAUGACCAGCCCGCUCAUUUGACUUUGAAAGAUGACAGCGUCCCUGUGAGCAAGAAUUUGGCUAUAUUCGAUGGACCGGAACAAAGAUUUUGCCCAGCAGGUGUUUACGAAUAUGUUCCUCUGGAAACAGGAGAAGGAUCAAGACUGCAGAUAAAUGCUCAGAACUGUGUCCACUGCAAAACGUGUGAUAUUAAAGACCCAAGUCAGAACAUUAACUGGGUAGUGCCUGAAGGAGGAGGAGGACCAGCUUAUAACGGGAUGUGAAGUGGCUGAGAACUAUUCAGUGACUUCUGAUCACCAACAGAAAAGUUGGAGUAUUUUAUGCUGCAGUGUAAAGUACAGCACUGACUUGAAUGUUAGAGAGUUUUGAGACUAACAUGCCAUUCUGAAGUUUAGGUAUGACCACUGCAUUAAAUGGAAGGUGGGUGCAUUCUGGUUAAACCCUAGCCUUAUUUAAAAUAGAACUUCUUUUCAGGAGUUGGGUGGCAGGAAGAAGAAAGUUCUUCUUAGGACUGACAAAUGCAUUUUGGACCUUGGAUUUAUUGCUGAAGUUCAGUGAUGACAGGAGCCAUAUCCAGAAUCAGGGGUGUAAUGGAAAAGUUUAGUACCUAUCCUUAAAAAAAAAAAAAAAAGUGUUUGUCUAUCGGAAGUGCUUUACUAUAUGUAGAGUCCUACCUCACAGUAGGGAAAGUACAUCAUUCUAGAAAACCGUCACUGUUCUUAAGUGUUACACUUUUUACAUAAAACAUAGAUUAUUUUUUUUUCCUGAUGAUGACAGGGAGCCCAUCUGUAAUACAACUGUAAAGUGGUUUAAAAAAAAUGGGUUAAUAUUUGCACCUUCAGGGUAUAUGUCUGUCAGCACUUUUUAUUCCUGACAAGAAAUCAGGCCUGCACUUAUUAAAAACAAAAAUAAAAAUAAAUCUAACAAACUGCUUAAAUGGCUUUGGUGUUAAAACCAGACUUUUUAGGAGGCCCUAAGUAUUAAGCAGCAAAAACGCAACCCCUACUGCAAGCAACAUACCUGAAUCACAAAGCAAGUUCUUACACCUUAAAAGAAGAUAAACACUUCACCUUUGAACAAUGUCUUUAUUAGACUUUUUAAGUUGUAAACACCAAGAAGUGCAGUACAGGGCAAAUGAAAGAGGGAACAGUUGCCUCCAGCUCCACUUUGUCUUUCGCAAGAGUUAGUGCAUAGAAUUAAAAGCUUAACAAUAAAAAUAUCAAGCGAA